GACAAGUAUGGCGGCUACCAGUGUGUUCAGACCUGGUUUGUUUAAUCAUAAAGUUGCAAUUGUAACUGGAGGAGGCACCGGGAUCGGUAAAGCUAUAUCUGCAGAGCUGCUUGAACUAGGUUGCAAUGUGGUGAUCUCUAGCAGAAAAGCAGAGAAGCUGAAGACUGCAGUGGAGGAACUGAAAACAAAGGUCUCCCCCUCCAACCCAGCCACUGUCACCUCUGUGACAUGCAACAUCCGCAGUGAGGACGAGGUGAAGACACUUGUUUCAGAAGUAUUGAAACAAUAUGGACGCAUAGAUUUUCUGGUCAACAAUGGUGGGGGCCAGUUUACAAGCGCCACUGAAAAUAUUUCUUCAAAAGGCUGGAGGGCUGUGAUAGACACCAACCUAAAUGGGACAUUUCAAUGCUGCAAAGAGGUUUACACUGCAUGGAUGAAACAACAUGGAGGGGUGAUUGUAAACAUUAUUGCUGACAUGUGGAAAGGCUUCCCUGGCAUGGCUCACACAGGAGCUGCAAGGGCAGGCGUGGACAACCUCACCAAGAGCUUGUCUAUUGAGUGGGCGUCCUCAGGAGUCCGUGUUAACGCUGUCGCACCAGGUACAAUAUUUUCCAAAACUGCUAUGGAAAACUAUAAGGACAUUGGGCCUGUUUUAUUCAAGAGGUCUAUACCAUUUAUUCCUGCAAAAAGACUGGGAUUACCGGAGGAGAUCUCUUCAGCAGUCUGUUUCCUGUUGUCUCCGGGUGCAUCCUACAUUUCAGGAGCCACACUGAGAGUAGAUGCAGGCCAGAGUCUUUACCAUUCAGUCUGGGAAAUACCUGAUCACAGUGCAUGGCCUGAAGCACCAGAGGGAGAAAAUCUUCAAGCUGUGAAAGAACUGCUUGACACACCAAAAAGCAAACUAUAAAAGUUAAAAAAUGAGUAGCAAUCAUCACCAGAAGACAUGGACCAGUGUGCCAAACAUAACAACAUACUGCACAAGCAAACACACACUACAGCCCCUUGGAGCUUGUACCAGAUGAUGACGAUUAACCAUGAAGCACGAACUUGAUUAUAAUAUAACGGCCUCAUCUUGUGAAUCUUCCUUUGCAGUCAUUUUGUAAAGUAAUGUUUUAAUAC